CCGCGGCGUCGCGCUCGGCCAUGGUCACCAGCAUGGCCUCCAUCCUGGACGGCAGCGACUACCGGCCCGAGCUCUCCAUCCCACUGCACCACGCCAUGAGCAUGUCCUGCGACUCGUCCCCGCCCGGCAUGGGCAUGAGCAACACCUACACGACGCUGACGCCGCUCCAGCCGCUGCCCCCCAUCUCCACGGUCUCCGACAAGUUCCACCACCCGCACCCGCACCACCACCCGCAUCACCACCACCACCACCACCACCACCAGCGCCUGUCGGGCAACGUCAGCGGCAGCUUCACCCUCAUGCGCGACGAGCGCGGGCUCCCGGCCAUGAACAACCUUUACAGCCCUUACAAGGAGAUGCCCGGCAUGAGCCAGAGCCUGUCCCCGCUGGCCGCCACGCCGCUGGGCAACGGGCUGGGCGGCCUCCACAACGCGCAGCAGAGCCUGCCCAACUACGGCCCGCCGGGCCACGACAAGAUGCUCAGCCCCAACUUCGACGCGCACCAAACUGCCAUGCUGACCCGAGGUGAGCAGCACCUGUCCCGAGGCCUGGGCACCCCGCCCGCGGCCAUGAUGUCGCAUCUCAACGGCCUGCACCACCCGGGCCACGCUCAGUCCCACGGGCCGGUGCUGGCUCCCAGCCGCGAGCGGCCCCCGUCGUCCUCGUCCGGCUCGCAGGUGGCCACGUCGGGCCAGCUGGAGGAGAUCAACACCAAAGAGGUGGCCCAGCGGAUCACGGCCGAGCUGAAACGCUACAGCAUCCCCCAGGCCAUCUUCGCCCAGAGGGUGCUGUGCCGCUCUCAGGGGACUCUCUCCGACCUGCUCCGGAAUCCCAAACCCUGGAGUAAACUCAAAUCCGGCAGGGAGACCUUUCGCAGGAUGUGGAAGUGGUUGCAAGAGCCGGAGUUCCAGCGCAUGUCCGCCUUACGCCUGGCAGCAUGCAAACGCAAAGAGCAAGAACCAAACAAAGACAGGAACAAUUCCCAGAAGAAAUCUCGCCUGGUGUUCACUGACCUCCAACGCCGCACACUCUUUGCCAUCUUCAAGGAGAAUAAGCGCCCAUCGAAGGAGAUGCAGAUCACCAUUUCCCAGCAGCUGGGCCUGGAGCUCACCACCGUCAGCAACUUCUUCAUGAACGCCCGGCGCCGCAGCCUGGAGAAGUGGCAAGAUGACCUGAGCACAGGGGGCUCCUCGUCCACCUCCAGCACUUGUACCAAAGCAUGAUGUGAGGACUCUCACCCGGGCACAGGCCACCUCCCAACGCGACGACCACAGAUA